AUGUCCGCGAAUGAAUUCCUCCAGCACUGCAAACAAGGUAACUUCAACCAUGUCGUCGGUCUCUACCGCACCAAUUCCACAAAAGAGACCGGCCCGUUCGAUAAAGAAUUAAUCUUAUCACUACCGGAUUUACUCAAGUAUAUUGGCCUCAAUGUUGCUGGGUAUGAUGGUAUGGAUAUAUCUGCCUGUACGGAGCGGAGCAUUCGUAUUUCGAAUACCCCGAACGUCGUUGCAAAUGCCACAGCAGACGUGGUGAUGUUCUUGCUCCUGGGUGCGAUGCGGCAUGCGAUGAUCCCGCUAUGGAAAGAGGAAGCACCUCUUGGCCAUGAUCCUCAUGGUAAAACCCUCGGUAUAUCAGGAAUGGGAGCCAUUGGUCAGGCUCUCGCUCAUCGAGCUCGCGCAUUCGGACUGAGGAUAAUAUACCAUAAUCGGUCGAGACUACCUAAUGAUAAAGAGGGAUCAGCGACCUAUGUCACUUUCGACAAAUUGCUCCGGUCGUCAGAUAUACUGAGUCUCAACCUCCCAGCCACCCCAAAUACGCGACAUACUAUCUCACAGCCACAGUUCAAAGUUAUGAAAGAUGGCGUCGUGGUGAUCAACACUGCGCGAGGGUCUCUGAUUGAUGAAGCAGCGUUGGUGGAUGCUCUAAAUAGUGGGAAGGUUCUAUCUGCAGGAUUGGAUGUUUAUGAAGAUGAGCCUAGAGUACAUCCUGGCCUUAUCAGUAAUGGCCGUGUUAUGCUUCUUCCACAUAUUGGCACGACGACUAUUGAGACUAAGCGGGAGAUGGAAUUACUGGCAUUGCGGAAUCUUGAACAUGCAUUGGAUCAGGGAGAGUUGUUGACGCCAAUUCGAGAGCAGUCCUGAGGCGGAGCCCGUUUGCCAGUGUAUUAGUAGCCCAUUUCUUCUCGUGGUGCAGACAGUAGACUAGCCCCUGUUGAGUGAUGUUUACUAUCCAAACAAAAGUCUCGAUGCCUGGGAUU